AGAAAUAUAAGCUAACGUGUAUAGAAAUGGCGGUUAUUGUAGUAAUAUCGUAUCCAAUCGAUAAUUUCCACCACCAGCCAAUAAAUUAAGGAAAAUAUACCUCUGGACGAGUACGUAAAGGUGCUAGGUUUUGUGCACGAUGAAAUAUUCAUUCUUUUUAUAGGCUAUGGCCUAUGGUUAUUGAUAUACAAAGUAGUGGUAGGCUUGGGCUUGGACAGGUCUGCGAAACAUACUAAAUGGUUGAAUGGUUAGAAGUCCAUAGAAUACUUUACUUGCCAAGAUUAACCGACCAUCGUAUUUAUUAAUCAUCAUAACAAAUAAUGUGGGUGACCGAAUAGAAACAUUUCUCCGCAUAACACGGUACUCCUCCCAACUAAGAUAAAUAACUAACUACAAAUCUAAUCGUUUGGGAGCUCAAUUUAGACAACCACUGAUACGAAUUAAGGAAAUGCUUGAUGAAACCAGGUGAAUCCACCUGUUGCUGCCUCUGCACUGCGCUGGAUAGAUGGGACCAGGAGGCGCAGAUGGCACUGUAUUGUUUGAUGUAUUCAGUGGUUCUACAAUAAUGUCUUCGACAAAUGUUAAUUGAAAGCGUUUGAUACAGGAGAUAUGGAAGCAUUUAAAAAAUACAAACUUUGUCUUAAAGAACUUGAUUACCCAAACGUAAAUGCCCUCGAUGAAGAACAAAUACCAAGUAUAUUUUCUUUAAAUAACCAAAGGUUUCUUUUAUCAUGGAUUAUGACGAAACUGAAUCCAGGAACACUAACUAUAGAUGAACCUUCUAAACUAUCAGAAACAGCAAUUGAGGACUAUUUUCGUCAACAAGGCCUUUGUAAAUCAUCACAAAAAUUAUUUAGCUCAGAAAGUGUUGACGUACAGAUAAUAUUCUUUGACCGAAUUUUUGAAUAUCUCAGACAACUUAAAAAUAGCAGGGAAGUAGAUGACGCAGACGAGAUCCUACAAUACGAAGAUGUUGUUAAUCUUUUAUCGAAAAAUGUUAAUUUAUUUCCCAGUUUUGGACCUGUAACAAAAUACACUCCAGAGAAAAGGAAGAAUACUCUCUCAACAUGCAAACAACAGAUAGACAUUUUAAAAGGCAAAAUCAAUAUGGAUUUAGUAAAUGUCACUGAUAAAAUAGAUUUCAAUGAUCUGUUGUUUAAUGAGAGUGACAUUAAACGAAAAGAAAACUUAAAGAAAUUUGUCAACAAUUUGACUACUGCUGUAUGUAUGAUUAAAGAAACGGAUAGAGAAAGUGAAGAUGAUACAUUUAAUAUUGGAAAUGAUGUUAAACAAGAUUUGGAAACCUGUUGCAUGGAAAUGAAGACAAUUUUACAGUAUUUUAAAAGUAUCAACUUGGGCCACGAGAUCAGUAAACAAGCUACAGCCAUCAUAUCCACUAAACCCGAUGAUGACUUUACUCCUGUUCUAAGGCAGUACGCAGAGGAAUUUUCUACAACAGUGAAAUUGCUACAAGAUUAACGAAAUAUUAUUUGUAAGGCUUAUCUUUUAAUAAGAAUCUCAGCAUUAAUUUUUUACACUGCUUUAUUUCAACUGUAAAAAUGUUACAUUACUAUCUUUAUAUUAAAGUAUUUUUUUCUAUGGCA